AUGGACAAGAAAACAAACGAGGUGCUCAAAUUCCUGAUCGAUUGGAAUUAUCUCCUCAUAGAGCCUCCGGUCGGAGGAUCCAUCGCGGAGAUAUACUUCUGUUUUAUUGCAUCUUGUCAGGUGAAAGGCAAGGAUAAAGUGUCGUGGUUGCAAUUCGUCAAAUGUCUCCAGAAGCUGGACGAGAUAUGCAUCCACAACGCCUUCACCUGCCUGCCUGCAAACGCAUUGUCGCUGACAUAUGAGGAUCCCUUCAAAUGCUUCAGUAAGAUCACUCACAUGGAUCGACUGGCUUUGAAUUUGAUAUACAGGCAACUGAAAGUGUCGUCAAAUUCGCCUGUUGAGCCACCAAAAACACCUCCCCUACAAUUGUCAAGACUCAGGUGGGCAGCACAGAGAGAGGUUCCUAGGGACAACGAAGAGAAACUAGACUUGUUGAUGGAACUCGUGGACCGUCCACUUGCCAAGUCAAAAAGAGCCUUGAGUGACCUGUACGCAGGAUUGAGUCCCCUCGACAUCGAAGACGUGUAUACAACGACGUCGAGAUCCAAAAGAUUGGAUCAGCUGACUCUGCUGCUUUCUGUUCCAGCAGGAUCGCAUAUUUUGGCAAAGGAGAGAGCCAAGCUGAGAACUCCGAUUAAGCCGUUUUUUGACUGCUGCGACGACCCCAGACAUGCGCAGCUCUUGAUCCCUCUAACGUCGUUUGACAGGGCAACCAAUUACUGUAAACUCAAUUUGACAAAGCUCAAUGAUCGACUCAAGCUGGAGACCGGGUCCAGCGACACAUACACCGAGCUAGCAAAAUGCGUGAACCAAAAAAUCCAUUUCAUCCCCAUCAUCCAGUCCCAGACCGACACCAAACUGGGAGACUGCUCAUACCUAGACACUUGUCACAAAAUGUCGUCAUGUCGGUACGUUCAUUACGGGCAACUGAUGCCUCAGGAUGACAGCUCGUCGAAAAAGACUGCUCAGCACAAUAAGAACAUCAGCAAGUCGAUGCAGAUCUCGGACUUCACCAGGGGCGAGGCCAUUUCUCCAGCCACGAGACCGGAAACGCCAGCUCAGUGGAUCAACUGCGACGUCACGAAGCUGGACUUCAGUAUUUUGGGGGAUGAUUUUGCUCUUAUCAUUGCAGACCCAAGCUGGACCAUCCAUAUGAACCUCAAUUACUCCAGCUUGACAGACUCAGAUCUGCUUCAAAUUCGGAUGGACAAACUACAGAAAGAAGGCCUAUUUCUCCUUUGGGUGACAGGAAGAACCAUUGAGACCGGUCGAGACUUUCUGAAAAAAUGGGGAUACCAAGUGGUCAAUCAGAUCACAUGGGUGAAAACAAACCAGCUGGUGAGAACCAUUAGUACAGGAAGAACCGGUCAUUGGCUCAAUCACUCAAAAGAGCACCUUCUCGUGGGUCUCAAGGGAAAUCCAAAGUGGAUCAACAAAUGCAUAGAUCCACAAAUUUUGAUUUCUUCCACUAGGGAGACCUCCAGGAAGCCGGAUGAAAUAUACGGAAUGGUCGAGCGCAUGGUGGGGCCUGGAACGAGGAAGCUAGAGAUUUUUGGACGGCAGCACAAUACUCGGCCUGGAUGGUUGACAAUCGGUAAUCAGCUUAAUGGGACCCAUUUGGUUGAGAAGGAAAUUGCAGAAAAGUACUACAGUGCUUCCGCAACUGAAGCCUGA